AUGGCUUCAGCUAUAUUCACGACAUUUAUUUGUCGUCAACAACGAUUUUUAUCACUCACACGUUCACCUGUUGCAACACAACUAUGGACUCGACUUGCUUCAACAUCAGUUCAACAACAACCACAACAACAAUCUCAAAAUAAACCUACGGAUUUAAAACAAUUAAAAAAUUUAAAAAUUGAUUAUCAAGAUGAUAUUGCUAUUGUCCAAUUCAAUCAAGAAAAUUCUAAAGUUAAUACAUUGUCAAAAGCAAUGAUGGAUGAAUUUGUUCCAGUAUUUGAACAAUUACAAAAUGAUGAUAAAGUCAAAGGCAUUGUUGUUAUGUCCGCUAAACCUGGUUCAUUUAUUGCUGGAGCUGAUAUUAAUAUGCUUGAAUCAGCUAAGAAUCGUGAUGAAUUACUUAAAAUAUCACGUAAUGGUCAAAAUGUUAUGAAUCAAAUUGAACAAUCACGAAAACCAAUUGUUGCUGCAAUUGCUGGUUCAUGUCUUGGUGGUGGAUUUGAAGUUGCAUUAGCAUGUCAUUAUCGUAUUGCCAUGAAUGAUAAACGAACAGGAUUUGGUGUACCAGAAAUUAAAUUAGGUUUAUUACCUGGUGCUGGUGGUACACAAAGAUUAGCACAACGACUUUCAUUACCUGAUGCACUUGAUCUUGUUUUAACUGGUAAAGAAGUAAAAGCAAAAAAAGCAAAAUCAAUGGGUUUAGUUGAUGCUCUUGUUGAACCUAUUGGACCUGGUUUACAAACAGCAGAAGAAAAAAAUAUUGAUUAUCUUCGUCAAGUUGCUGUACAAAAAGCAAAAGAAUUAACCCUUCGAAAACAUACUCCAAAACAACCUGGUUUACUCGAAAAUAUUAAAUCAAAAAUCAUGUCAACAUCAUAUGUUCGAAAUUAUAUUUUUGAACAAGCUCAAAAAAAGGUUAUGUCACAAACUCAAGGUCUCUAUCCAGCACCACUCAAAAUUUUAGAUGUUCUUAAACAAACUUUAGAAAGUGGUUCAAAAGUUGGAUAUAAUGCUGAAGCUGAAGGUUUCGCUGAUCUUGGUAGUACAACUGAAUCAAAAGCAUUAAUUAGUCUCUUUCAUGGACGAAAUGAAUGUAAGAAAAAUAAAUAUGGAAAACCUGAACGAGAAGUAAAAAAUAUUGCUGUUAUUGGUUCUGGCUUAAUGGGCGCUGGUAUCGCACAUGUAUCUAUUGAUAAAGGUUAUAAUGUUUUAUUACGUGAUACAACAACUAAAGCACUUUCACGUGGUUAUUCACAAAUUAGUAAAGGUUAUCAAGGUUAUGUUAAACGAAAACGACUUACGAAUGCUGAAUAUGAUCGUACAUUAGCAAAUUUAAAUUGUCAAACAACACCUGAAGGAUUAGAAAAAUGUGAUAUGGUUAUUGAAGCUGUAUUUGAAGAUCUUAAAUUAAAACAAAAAGUUCUUGCUGAAAUUGAACAACGUAUACCUGAACAUUGUAUAUUUGCUUCAAAUACAUCUGCAUUACCAAUUCAUGAAAUUGCUGCUAAUAGCCGACGUCCAGAAAAAGUAAUUGGUAUGCAUUAUUUUUCACCAGUUGAUAAAAUGGAAUUAUUAGAAAUUGUUCGAGCUAAGAAAACAUCUGAAGAUACAGUACGUUCAGCUGUUAGUGUUGGUCUUAAACAGGGCAAAGUUGUUAUUGUUGUUGGUGAUGGUCCUGGAUUUUAUACAACACGUUUAUUAAUGUUUGCUGGUUCGGAAGUAUUUCGUCUUCUACAAGAAGGUGCAACACCAAAAGAUAUUGAUAAAGCAACAAAAAAAUUUGGUUUUCCUGUUGGUUCAGCAACAUUAUUUGAUGAAGUUGGUGUUGAUGUUGCUGCUCAUAUUGCGCGUGAUAUGCACACAACUUUUGGUGACCGUCUUGCCGAUAAAUCAAUGCCAGAUUUAUUACAAGAUCUUGUUAGUAAUAAUUUACUUGGAAGAAAAUCUGGACAAGGUCUAUAUAUCUAUCAAGCAGGUGUUAAAGGUGGUAACCGAGAAAUUAAUCCAAAAUUUACAGAAUUAAUUAAAAAUUAUUCGUUGGAGCCUAAAGAAGAAAUAACCAUGGAAAAUAUUCAAUGGCGUACAGGUCUUCGAUUUUUAAAUGAAGCAGCACGAUGUCUUGAAGAAAAAAUAAUUACAUCUCCAACUGAUGGUGAUAUUGGUGCAGUAUUUGGUCUUGGAUUUCCUCCAAUGAAAGGCGGACCAUUCCGUUUUAUGGAUACAUAUGGUGUUUCAAAAGUAGUUGAUUUGAUGAAUAAUUAUCGUAGUAAAUAUGGUGAUCGAUUUGCACCAACACAAUUAUUAGUUGAUAUGGCUAAAGAAAAUAAAAAAUUUUAUUCUUAA